AUGGCAGACGAUUUGUUCGAAGGAUUGCCUCCUCCUUCUUCCAACACACACUUCCAAUUACCACCACCACCACCACCACCGGUUCUUUCGGUUUCCACCGCCGAAUCAUCUACCGUUCCUUCCAUACCAAAGCCAAUUCUCAAAAGUUCCCUCAAACGACCUAACCCUACUCAAUCCGAUGACACCCAAGUUGCAGCACCUAAAAAGAGUUUGAAAUUUAAAACCUCCACGGAUGCUUCCGAAGCUCAAGUUAUCGAUGCUAUGAAAAAGAUAUCUUCCCAUAUCAAGAACCCUGCGAAAUUCAGCAAGGCUGCAAAGCUUGCCAUUCAGUUGAUUGAGGCAGGAAGUGUUAAGUCUGGCGUUAGUGAUUAUUUUUUUGCAAUAUUAGAAGCUGCAAUGCUAUCGCCCGUACCAUGUACAGAUCCUUCGGUGCGGGCAGAUUAUCAUUCUUUGUUCUCAGCAGUUCAAGAUGCGAAAGAACACUUCAAUAAAAAGCAGAAGAAUCAAUUGGCGACAUGGAUAAUUAGUGCUGUGGUAGCGAAUGAUUUAUAUACAGAUGAUAGCUUUGUGUUCUCGAAAGCAGCUACGCAAAUCAAGGAAGCUAUAUCUAACCUUCCGGUUGCGACAGAGGAGGAUGACACAGAAGAAGCAACUUCUCUGAAAGAUAUUACAGUUACAGUAGAUGAAGGUGGUCAAACGCUUGCCACAAAAGAGGAUAAUAAUGGUGUGGAGGAAGCUGAUCCAUUUGGACUUGAUGCUCUGAUUCCUGAAUCCACAAAGAAAAGUGCAAAGAAUGACGGAGCUAUCAAUAUAAGGAAGGAAGAUGAGGAAGAAACUAAGCGAAUCCUUAAGUUACAAAGAAAAGCCCUGAUAACUUGUCUAGAGAUUGCUGCUCGGCGGUAUAAAACACCUUGGUGCCAAACUGUAAUUGAUAUUUUAGUGAAGCAUGCCUCUGAUAAUGUGGCAAGAUUUACAGCUCAUCAAAGGGAUGCCGUAGAGAAAUUGUGGGCUUCCAUACGGGAGCAACAGACUCGCAGGAGGCAAGGAAAGUCAGUUAAUGGAAAACUUGAUGUAAAUGCUUUUGAAUGGCUUCAACAAAAAUAUUCUACCGAGAAGAUUAGCAUCAGGCAUUCUGUUGGAGGUAGUGGAGACCGGCGUGCCACACAAUGGCUUGGUUAG